UUCCAAGUUCCAACCCACCGUUCUUGUUAUUCUCCUUUUCCUUUUCUUGUCGGGGUCUUGGUCUGAAUUUAUAAUCGUCUACUCGACUGUGGUGUUUUCAUAAAUUUCAAACAGAAAUGGAACCCGAAAUGUUGGUAAUGCCGCCCCAAGUUUCCAUAAAACCCGAGGUGGAUGCUGCGGUAGGCGGCGUUGAGAGCUCCAAGACGCUUUUUCCGCCUCCUAAGGUCGUUGUUUUGGCUGACCUUAAUGUCAACCCUCCUGAAUCCGAAGACCAUGAUUCUCUACUGCUCCCUGCUCCUGACUUACCAGUUUAAUUUACAUGACGUAGGCUAACUAAUGAUGAAAGCAGUCAAGAGAAAAGCACCUUAAUUUCCAAAGACAGUGAUGCUGUGGAAGGAGCUGUUAAAAAGUUAAACAAGAAAUGCCGGUCGAGAAUUAGUAAGGCAGAUUCUUUACUCGAUUGCGGAGCGGAUGCUGAUGGGGAUCAGCCUAUUCAAGGGACUCACUCGUCUCGUGAGGAAAAAGUCAGCAGCCUCAAAACUGGUUUGGUGCAUGUUGCAAGGAAGAUGCCAAAAAAUGCGCAUGCUCAUUUCAUUCUUGGUCUAAUGUAUCAAAGGCUCGGCCAGCCUCAAAAGGCAAUUUCGGCAUAUGAGAAGGCAGCAGAGAUAUUGCUCCGCAGUGAGGCAGAGAUUGCACGGCCAGAGUUGCUUUCCUUGGUUCAAAUUCACCAUGCCCAGUGUCUUCUCCUAGAGAAUUCAGCAGAUAACGUUUUGGAUAAAGAGCUUGAACAUGCAGAACUUGAUGAGAUCCUCUCUAAAUUGAAGGAGUCAAUGCAGUCAGAUAUUAGACAAGCAGGUGUAUGGAACACCCUAGGCUUGAUUCUUCUCAAAACUGGUCGACUGCAGAGUGCCAUCGCAGUUUUAUCAUCUUUAUUGGCUCUUGCCCCCGACAACUAUGAUUGCGUUGGAAACCUUGGGAUUGCUUAUCUCCAGAGUGGAAACUUAGAGCUUUCAGCUAAUUAUCUCCAAGAUUUGAUCGUUAAAGACCAAAACCAUCCGGCAGCUUUAAUGAACUAUGCUGUAAUUCUUCUUUGUAAACAUGGUUCAGUUGUUGCUGGUGCUGGUGCAAAUGCCAGUGAAGGAGCUUCCAGGGAUCAGUUUGCAGCCAUCAAUGUUGCGAAGGAGUGCUUGUUAGCUGCAGUAAAAUCUGAUCCGAAAGCAGCACAUACAUGGACGAAUCUAGCCAAUGCAUAUUAUUUGAUCGGUGACCAUCGUAGUUCCAGCAAAUGUUUGGAGAAGGCUGCAAAACUGGAACCAAAUUGCAUGUCUACAAGAUAUGCCGUUGCAGUCCAUCGAAUCAAGGACGUUGAAAGGUCACAAGAUCCCAGAGAACAACUUUCUUGGGCAGGCAAUGAAAUGGCAUCAGUACUAAGAGAAGGAGAUGCUGUACCAAUUGAACCCACCAUUGCAUGGGCCGGACUUGCUAUGGUUCAUAAGGCUCAACAUGAGAUUGUGGCAGCUUUUGAGACGGAACAAAAUGAGUUAGUCGAGGUCGAAGAGCGAGCUAUCAUCAGUUUAAAGCAGGCAACAGCUGAAGACCCGGAUGAUGCUGUGCAAUGGAACCAGCUAGGCCUUCAUAGUCUCUGUUCUCAGCAUUUUAAAACUGCACAAAAGUACCUCAAGGCUGCAGUUGUUCGAUUUCGAGAAUGCAGCAGCUAUUCUUGGUCAAACCUAGGCAUCUCACUCCAAUUAUCCGAGGAGUCUUCGCAAGCCGAAUGCGUAUACAAGCGAGCACUUUCAUUGGCAUCAGCGGAACAAGCACAUGCAAUAUUUUCCAACCUGGGGAAUCUCUACCGACAACAAAAGCAAUAUGAACGCGCCAAGGCAAUGUUUACGAAGUCGCUCGAACUCCAGCCUGGAUAUGCUCCGGCUUUUAACAAUCUCGGUCUCGUGUUUGUCGCCGAGGGUCAAUGGGAAGAAGCAAAGUUCUGCUUUGAGAAAGCGCUUCAGUCGGAUCCGUUGCUUGAUGCGGCCAAAUCCAACAUGAUUAAAACUGUGGCCUUGUCUCGACUGUGUGCGGGUUUAUCCUCGUUUCUCAUACCCGAUUAAUGGACGUUGCUUGAAAUAUGUAAAAUUGGGGUUUAAAUAUCUGUAUAUAGUGUACAUUAUGGAGGAAAUGUGAAAGAACACGGCCUUGUAUCUUU